UACUGACAACAACACAUGACCAAAUUAGCACAAGGACUUUUUCUGAAGACGAAGAACAACACCAUCUAAACGACUCCCACAAGCCCCAAAAACAUUAUAAGGUCUCAAUUCUACUAUGAAUGAGGAGAAAGAGGAACAUGGCCGCAAGAGCAAAGACCAGAAGAGCCCAGAGCAGCAGGAGAGAGCCUACUCCCCUGGACCCAGCUGUGUCUCCAUGAAGAGUGACUGGUCUAUGCAUCAUCCUGUUACUUUUCAAGAUGAACACCCUUACAGAGAGGAGAGAAGAGUCCAGCAGGAGAGAGCCGACUCCCCUGGACCCAGCUGUGUCUCCAUGAAGAGUGACUGGUCUAUGCAUCAUCCUGUUACUUUUCAAGAUGAACACCCUUACAGAGAGGAGAGAAGUGUCCAGCAGGAGAGAGAAGACGUGGAUAGUAAGAAAGUGGAGCAGGUGAUGUGGGGAGGAACUGUUGCGGUCGAGUGCCAACAUAAAAUCAAGUCUCGUCUGAAGAAGAAGUUCAGGUGUGUGUUUGAGGGAAUCGCUAAAGCAGGACAGCCAACGGGUCUGAAUGACUUCUACACAGAGCUCUCCAUCACAGAGAGAGGCAGUGGAGAGGUCAACCAGGAACAUGAGGUCAGACUGAUUGAAAAAGCUUCCAGGAAACUAGCAAAGGAGGAAACACCAAUAAAAUGUGAAGACAUCUUUAAUCCCUUACCUGGACGAGAUCAGUCAAUCAGAACAAUCAUGACAACUGGAGUGGCUGGUAUUGGAAAAACCGUCUUAACACACAAGUUCACUCUGGACUGGGCUGAAGGAAAACACAACCACGACAUACACUUCACAUUUCUCCUCACUUUCAGAAAGCUGAAUUUACUGAAAGGGAAAGAGAUUAGCUUCGUGGAACUUCUUCAUCACUUCUUUAUUGAAACCAAAGAAGCAGGAAUCUGCGGAUACGAUAAGUUCCAAAUCGUCUUCAUCUUGGAUGGUCUGGAUGAGUGUCGACUUCCUCUGGACUUCCAGAACAACCCGGUCUGGACUGAUGUUACAAAGCCAACCUCGGUGGAUGUGAUGCUGACCAACCUCAUCAGGGGCAACCUGCUUCCCUCCGCUCGCAUCUGGAUAACCACACGACCGGCGGCAGCCAAUCAGAUCCCUGCUGAGUGUGUUGACAUGGUGACAGAAGUGAGAGGGUUCACCGACCCACGGAAGGAGGAGUACUUCCGGAAGAGAUUCAGAGAGGAGACACUGGCCAGCACAAUCAUCUCUCACGUCAAGGAAUCUCGAAGCCUCCACAUCAUGUGUCACAUCCCAGUCUUCUGUUGGAUCACUGCUACAGUUCUUGAGGACUUCUUCAAAACAUCCCAGAGAGGAGAAGAGGUGCCCAAGACCGUGACUCAGAUGUACAGCCACUUCCUGAGGGUUCAGUCCAAACAAGGGGACAGGAAGUAUCGUGGGAGAGCGGAAACAGAUACAAACUGGAGUUCAGAGAGCAGGGAGAUAAUCGUUUCUCUGGGAAAACUGGCUUUUAACCAGCUGGAGAAAGGCAACCUGAUCUUCUACGAGGCAGACCUGGCAGAGUGUGACAUCGAUGUAAGAGAAGCCUCAGUGUCCUCAGGAGUGUUCACCCAGGUCUUUAAAGAGGAGUGUGGGCUGUACCAGGACAAGGUGUUCUGCUUUGUCCAUCUGAGCCUCCAGGAGUUUCUGGCUGCCCUUCAUGUCUUUCUGUACUUCAUCGACACUGGGAUCAAUCUGCUCUCAGAAGAACAACCAACCUCUAGGGAUAAUGAACUCCUCCUCUACCAGAGUGCUGUGGACAAGGCCUUACAGAGUAAGAAUGGACACCUGGACUUGUUCCUCCGAUUCCUCCUGGGCCUUUCUCUAGAGACCAAUCAAAUGCUCCUACGAGGUCUACUGAGAUGGACAGGAAGUGGCUCACAGACCAAUUGGAAAACUGUGUCCUACAUCAAAGAGAAGCUGAGUGAAGAUCUCUCUCCAGAGAGAAGCAUCAAUCUGUUCCACUGUCUGAAAGAGCUGAAUGAUAGUUCUCUAGUGGAGGAGAUCCAACAGUACCUGACAUCAGGAAGACUCUCCAGAAAAAAACUCUCCCCUGCUCAGUGGUCUGCUCUGGUCUUCAUCUUAAUGUCAUCUGAGGAGGAACUGGACGUUUUUGACCUGAAGAAAUACUCUGCUUCAGAGGAGGGUCUUCGGAGGCUGCUGCCAGUGGUCAAAGCCUCCAAAAUAUCUCUGCUAAUUGACUGUCAGCUGUCAGAGAGAUGCUGUGAAGCUCUGGCCUCAGUUCUCAGCUCCAACUCCUCUAGUCUGAGAGGGCUGGACCUGAGUAUCAAUGAUCUUCAGGAUUCAGGAGUGAAGCAGCUCUCUACUGGACUGGGGAAUCAACACUGUACACUGGAAACUCUAAGGCUGAAUGGCUGUCAUCUGUCAGAGCGAUGCUGUGAAGCUCUGGCCUCAGUUCUCAGCUCCAACUCCUCCAGUCUGAGAGAGCUGGACCUGAGUACCAAUGAUCUGCAGGAUUCAGGAGUGAAGCUGCUCUCUGCUGGACUGGGGAGUCCACACUGUACCCUGGAAACUCUCAGGUUGUCUGGCUGCAUGGUCACACAGAUAGGCUGUGCUUCUCUGGCCUCAGCUCUGAACUCCAACCCCUCCCAUCUGAGAGAGCUGGACCUGAGCUAUAAUCACCCAGGAGACUCAGGAGCUGCGCUGCUCUCUGCUGGACAGAAGGAUCAAAGCUGGAGACUGGACACUCUCAGUGUGGAGCACGGUGGAGUGUGGAGGCUGAAGCCAGGUCUAAAGAAGUAUGCCUGUGAACUCACAUUGGACCCAAACACAGCCCACAGACAUCUCUCUGUGUCUGAGGACCACAGAGAGGUGACACAGCGUGGGAAGGCACAGAUAUAUCCUGAUCACCCAGAGAGAUUUGACGACUGUGAGCAGGUGUUGUGUAGAGAGGGUCUGACUGGCCGCUGUUAUUGGGAGGUAGAAUGGAAAGGAGAUGUUUAUAUAGGAGUGACAUACAGAGGGAUCACGAGAGGAUUAAGUCAACACAGCGAGCUUGGAGGAAACGACAAGUCCUGGAGUCUUCAUUGUUCUGUUGAUUGUUACUCUGCCUGGUACAACAACAGUAGUACAGUCAUAGAUCUCCCCCCAGCUGGCUUUACCAGAGUAGGAGUGUAUCUAGACCGGCCCGCUGGCACUCUGUCCUUCUACAGAGUGACCCCAGAUGUAGGAGGGUCCUCAGACACCCUGACGCACAUCCACACCUUCCAGUCCAAAUUCACCCAGGAGGACCUCCUCCCUGGGUUUUGGUAUGGGAGAUCUGGAUCCUCUGUGUCUCUGUGUCGGUGGUAGUGACACACACACGCUCUCACUCCCUCACACACUCACUCACUCACUCACUCACUCACUCACUCACUCACUCACUCACUCACUCACUCACUCACUCACUCACUCACUCACUCACUCACUCACUCACUCACUCACUCACUCACUCACUCACUCACUCACUCACUCACUCACUCACUCACAUUAAAACACACACGCAAAUCUUUAUAAUGUUGAUGCAUGAUUUUGGACCAUAUGGAAAUCCCAGGUCUUCAGGAAAUGUUUGUGGUCGCUCUGUCAUAAUUCAGCUUAAUAUUCAAUAUAUUGUUGAUAAUGGCACACUCAGAAAAUGAAAAUGUCAUCCGGCACUGCAUGUAAAAAAGGUUGCUUGACUCCUGUUCUACAGAGUGUCAGAUGUGGCAGGGUCCAUAGAAACACUGACACACAUCCACACCUUCAAGUCCACAUCCACAGAGAAACCUCCUCCCUGUGCUAGGGUUAUGGGGUGAAGGUUCCUCAGUGCCUUUGUGUGGCCUGACAUUGACAUUGACAUUGGCAUGCGUAUAAAUCACCUUAAAAGGCUAACGUCUUGUUAGGGGCGGGUUCGUGGACGAGGCAGUCGAAAACAGAGAGAAGUUGUUACCAGGGGAAGCGCAAAGUUGGAAAACUGUCUCGAAGAUGUCCGAACAGUUGUUGGUGGAUUUGUGUUCUUUGGCGUAAAUCAGUUUGGGGUUUUCUCUCUUGGAGGAAUUUGUGUUCACACUACCUCAGCAACGAUCUCGCAAGGAGUCCUAGCCCUGCUGAGAUUGUUUCCUUCCUGUUCGCAUUUGAACUACUGGGCAGAGCAGCAGGGCUAAAACUAAAGGCUAUGCAAAGAAUCGCUUUUCCUAUAUCGUCUCAGGUCGGAUUGUGUGCUCACUCCUAUAAUCACAAUAGCUUUUCUGUAUAUGAAUGAAUUGUCACCCCCACCAAAUAUACGUCGGUAGCUAGAGUUUCUAAUACCAGCCCUAGGACUUGUGUUACACAUAUUGUUUAUUUGUCUUAUUUUAUUGAAUCCGUGUUUACUGUGGGGUUUAAGUCUGUUUUUUAUUAACCUGUAUAUAUCGUGUGUAACGAGGCAGAGUCCCGUGUUUGUUUUCCUUUUUGCUUUGUUUAAUAACCUUUUAGUUCAAGUUUUGGUUUACUUAUGUUAGAUUGUAACCUGUGUGAAUACUCCUGUUCCUGUUGCCUGGUUUAGUUUUGCUGUUGGACUUUUUGCAUGUGAAAAUCGUUGCUUCUUGGAAUACCUUGAUUUAAUUUACUACGUCGAUACACUUAUUUUUCUAGAAGUUGUUUGCCUGAUCUUUUACUUUUCUGAGUGAAACAUGCAGUAGCUUAACGUUGGCACACGCAUAGUAAUAGUAAUAUAGUAGUGAGUAGGGGGUUGUUUAAAAGUGAAACGUCAUGAAACGUUUGUGUUUGUGAGGACCAGUUAUCUUGGAUUAUAUGCAUCUGGACCCACGGAGAGACAUACAACACUAUUAUAUUUGUGUUGAUUAAAUACUUGCAUCCACUCCAAAUGCUACAUUUUAUUUGGCUUCUGAAAAGUGUAGCAUGAUAGAUCAUCAUAGGGUCACCUAAGAAGGUCAUAUGUUUUGAAAAUGGAAAAUGGAACACGAUUUAAAGCAGAUUUGAUAUUGUUAAUAAAUGCAAGUAGCCUUUGGGAAAGACUGAGGAUUGAUGUUCCUGUUGUGAAUGACUUUAAACUGAAUAAAGAUAUACAUUUUUUGGUCGUGUUUAUUGUCGUCUUACUUCUCUAUCAUACUUAAACAACUCAGUGAGCCAACUGAAUGUUCUUGUGUGUUCCGCCGAUGACUUGCCGUUUCUUAAGCUAAAAUUUAGCAGAUGUUUCUCCAGAGCCCAGCUGGAAUUUCUUUCCAGUAACAGUUCAAAGAUUUAAAGGUAAUAAUAUAAAAAAAAGAGCUUUCAGCUAUAGCUCCUCCCUGCCUUGACACCUCCUUCAUUGUUUUCCUUAUUAGUGCCCUUUAUCCCUUUUUGUUUCCUUGGUUACUUCCCUUUGAAAAAGGUACCCAAAGUGGCAAGCAGUGGGUUAAAAUGUGCUCCUAAACGGUAAAAUCCCUUUCAUUACUCACCUCAGCAAUGGAACUCUCAAUGUCCCUGCAUUCUUCCCCUACCUCACUUUCAAGCUAGAUGUAAAGAGAGGUGGUGGAAGGAUAAUUAUUUAUUGAGAAGCAUAUAUUCUUUCAAAUACAACUGAUUUGAAAUACCAUGCUGGGACUUUGCAAAUUAGGCUACCCAAAGUUCGAAGCAGCAUGCCCAAAAUUGCUCCUUAAACAACUAUCUGAUGGGGAAGCAACUGCAAACAAUAUUUGUGACCCAGUCUAUUCAUGGGACAGCCAGGCUUUUAUCUUUCAGAACGGGGAGCCCCUGGCCAUGACAAGGGACUCAGCUGUAAGCUUAAUGAAGUUAACUGAUUACUACCAGCGAUUACUUACUUUUCAAAUAUGCAGACGGAGAGAUAGCUGAUGCUAGUCAGUUCCACACUGCUCUGAAGCGCUGCAUUGAAAAGUGCCAGGAUGAUUUCUACCAAAAGGUUCAAGAGAAACAAGCUGAAGUCCUCAUCAAAGAGCUGGAGCAGGAAAUGAAAUUGGUUAUGAACGAUGGUCACAAAGAACGACUGAAAUGCUUUAUAUUUGCCCAUGUAAAGGUGUUUCAGCUGGUAAUAGACACUGGAUGGGAUAUAUAAUCUAUGUAAUGUGAUACUCAUGAAUGUUAUCAACUCAUUUUAAGGCAAAUAAAACAUUUCAGUACCAAGAGAGGGCUUGAGAUCAUUUUCUGGCAGGAGG